AUGAGCUACGAUCCAAUGCGCCCUCGGGGCCGGCCAGCUCACACCCCGGGGACCACGGUCCUGGCUUACACGCCCGAUGGAAAACGAGUCAUCACCGCUGGAUCGAACUCGGCGAUUCGAAUCUACACAGUCGGCCAGGAUGGUGAACCGAAGACUGUGGAUGAGGGUCUCCUGGAUGGACAUAUUGGAAUUGGAGCCACGAACGAUCUGUUCAUUGUAGGCACUGAGGACGGUCAAGUUUGGCCUUAUGAUAUCUCGUCAGGCAAGAUGGGAAAUCAGCUCGUGCGCUGUGCAUUGCCCUUGAGAGAUAUUGCAGUGUCACAGGAUGGUGAAUGGGUCGCUGUAGCAAGCGACGAACUCACAGUCAAACUUGUCAAAAUCGACGACCAGAUUCAGGUCAAAUACCUCCGUGAGCAAACUACAGGCUCGAAACACGUCACAUUCGAUCCCACCCGUCGCUACGUAGCCGUAUCCGCCAUUGAUGGUAUCCUCUACGUAUACUCGCUCUCCGACGAGGAGCCCAGACUAGUAUGCAAACUGGAUGGAGUUAUUCGCAAGCUGGACCCCAGCUCCGAGGCAACCUCUCGAGCCGUAUGGCAUCCCGAUGGCACUGCAUUCGCAGUCGCUGAGGCUACCCGAGAUAUCUCGAUCUACUCGAUUUCCGAGUGGAAGAAGGAGAAGAAAUUCGCUGGUGGACAUACGGGUGAUAUCACAGCUCUGAGCUGGGCACCCAAUGGUACACUUUUAGUAUCAGCUGGUGCGGAUGGCCAGAUCGUGCUCUGGGAAACACGCACACAGAAGAUCCUCCAGCAAUUUGAUUUUGGAAACGUUAUCAACAUUGCCUGGCACCCGACAAAGAACUCUCUGUCUUUCACUACUUCCGAUGGAGAGCUCUUCAUCUACGAUAACUUCGUUCCGAAGGAUCAUGAGGCUCAACUGCAGAAACCUCUUCAGGCGGCUCCGAUCUACCCGGGUCCAUUGAGUGAAAUCCCAAACAAUGCGCAGCGAACACUGGCCGAUCGAUCCAGAGAGGCGCCUAAGCGGACAGUCCGCGCGGGGUCCAUGGAUUCGCUGGAUGAUAUCCUCGGCGAUGAUGAGGAUAUGGCGGAUAACUUUGUGGAUGAUGACGAUGGAGCUGGUUAUGUCGAGGACUUGAACCGAUAUGGCAAGCGACCAAAUGGACAUCUGGACGAUUUGGAUGGCCCUGAUUCGAAACGGUUUUACUCGGGUGUUGUGCAACCCAAGGCUCACCCGCCUAUUCAGCCUGGUAGUACGCCAUGGGCGGGAAGCAGACGUUAUCUAUGCUUGAAUAUGACUGGCGCCGUCUGGACUGUGGAUCAAGAAACACAUCACACUGUGACAGUGGAGUUUUAUGACCGCGAGCUUCACCGAGACUUCCAUUUUACAGAUCCAUACCAAUAUGAUAAAGCGUGUCUUAAUGAUAACGGCACACUGUUCUCAAACAGUCCUUCAGAUGGACCAGCCACAAUCUUCUAUCGGCCACACGAGACUUGGACGGCCAGAGCUGACUGGCGGACUCAAUUACCCGAAGGAGAGGGUGUUCGAGCUUUGGCAUUAAGCGAAUCAUUCAUCGUUGUCGUAACGACAAAAGACUAUGUUCGAGUGUACACCCUCUUUGGCACACCUUACCGAGUGUAUCGACAGAAGAGUCAAGCCGUGACAUGCGCCGCCUGGCGAGACUACAUUAUGACUAUUGGCAACGGCCCAGUAGGCCCUGACGGGCGAAACACAACACUGCGAUACACGGUCGAGAACGUCAAGCGCGAUGAAAUCUGCCAGAACGAAGACGUGGUAGCACUUCCAUCCGACACUAAUCUUCAAAGUGUAUUCUUUUCCGAUUCUGGGGACCCUUGUAUCUACGACUCAACUGGUGUAUUGUUAGUUCUCCAACACUGGCGCACACCGGGUCAAGCGCGAUGGGUUCCCCUCUUAGAUACAAAGCAACUUGCCCGAUUAGCCGGUGGUCGCAAGGAAGAGACAUACUGGCCCGUGGCAGUUGCGCAGGGCAAGUUCCACUGUAUUAUUCUGAAGGGUGGGGAUAAGAACCCAUACUUCCCACGACCACUUCUCAGCGAGUUUGACUUCCAAGUCCCUAUCUCCGCACACGGAAUCAAAGACUCGACCGAGUCAGAAGAAUCCGAGCAAAAUGAAGGAUCCAAGUUUGAGGAGACCUUUGUCCGGGGUAACCUCCUUCUAUCACUAUUCCGGGAUCUACUGGCUUCAACCAAUGCUACUGCUAGUCAGCGAUCUGAGCUGGCGAGGAAGGAGUUGGAACUGGAUAAGACUUUGCUGCAGAUGCUGGCCAUUGAAUGCAGAGAGGGCGAGGAGCGUGGUAUGAAGGCGCUAGAGUUGGUUAAUAUGAUGACUGAUCGCAAUGGGAAGAUGUUGGAGGCUGCGGCUCGGGUGGCUCAACGAUAUGAGCGUGGUGUGUUGGAGGAUAAGAUCCGUGAUCUGGCUGAGCGACGGGUGAUGGGUAUGGAUGAUGAUGAUGAAUUAGCUUGA